AUGGGAAGAAGAGAUGAAGGAGUCAAGAUUCCAAUGCUGGUCAAAGAACACUACUUUCAUUGGAAAGUAAAAAUGUGGAUGCAUCUUCUCUCCUUAGAUCCUAGCUACAGCAACUAUAUUGAGAAAGGACCACAUGUUCCAGUCAAAAUCAAUACUGCCCUGAGACUUGAUGGAAGUGAAGCAGAAGAUGUUGAAGUGCCUAAAAAUCCUUCUGAGUUUACUGAAGAAGAUGAGAAUGAAGUGCACAAGGAUAACAAGGCUAUGAACAUUCUUUUUAAUGGUAUUGAUGAUGAUAUGUUUGAUAGUGUUAUCAACUGCCCUACUACAAAAGAAAUAUGGGACACUAUUCAAACUUUAUGUGAAGGCACUGAUCAAAAACUAUUAAAUGGAUUAAAGUUGUAUGGUAGAAUCUAUAUGGUCAAGGACUCAAAUCUCAAAUUCUUGAGAGCCUUGCCUAGAGAUUGGAAACCUAUGACUGUUGCUUUGAGACAAGCUCAGAAUUUUAAUGAAUACUUUCUUGACAAACUCUAUGGUAUUCUUAAGACUUAUGAGCUUGAAAUACAGCAGGAUGAAGAACUGGAAAAGAACUCCAAGAGGGAGAAAACUGUGGCUCUUGUAGCAGAAAAGGAAGAGGAAGAGGAGAAGGCAUUAAAAUUUGUGAUUGCUGGAAAGGCCUCAAGCAACUCUGCUUGUGAAGGAAAGAAGGAUGAUGGAAAGAAGAAAGCAAAAAUCAUUGAAAAAGAUGAAGAAUCUUCAGCUCAAGAUGAGCUAGAUGACCUUGAUGAACAUCUAGCAUUUCUUGCCAGAAAAUUCUCCAAGCUCAAGUUCAAACGAAACGCUGUCAGCUCUAGACCAUUCAACAGAGGAAAUCAAUCCAAACCAUUUGGUAUGGUUGAUAGAUCAAAAUUCAAGUGUUUCAAUUGUGGUCUACCUGGACACUUCUCUAAUGAGUGCAGAAGACCUUCUUCUGAAAAGAAAGGAUCUUCCUCAGAAAAUGUGGAUUACAGAAGAAAGUAUUUUGAUCUACUCAAGCAAAGCAAGGAGAAGGCACUCAUAACUGAGGAUGGUGACUGGGCUACUGAUGAAGGAGAUUCUGACAAUGAGGAACAUGUCAACCUUGCCUUGAUGGCAAUUGGAGAUGAAGCUGAUUCUUCCACCACCAGCAAUGGACAGGUAAAAACCACCAACAAAUCUGAUCUCUCUAAGUCUGAAUGCAAGAAAAUCAUUGAUGACAUGUCUAAUGAAAUCUAUAAUCUUAGAGUCUCUCUUAAAUCUCUAACAAAAGAAAAUGUUAGAAUUAAAGGGACUAAUGAUUUGCUUACCGAAAGAAAUGGAAAGCUUGAAACUGAAUUAAUCCAAAUGGAUAAAAUCAAAAAGUCUUCUGAGCUUGCCAAAGAUGAGUUGCUGGCUAUUCUGAAAAGAGAAGAAAUUCUCAAAAAGCAACUGGAAAGGGAACAAGAUAAUUGCUAA